AGUUUUCUACUAUCAAGUCAACAAUACGCCUUUGCCUUUAAAAACGUGAGUGACCUAAACUGAACGACAUACAGUGCAAACGUAUACAACACAAACCAGAGAUAUCGUCCUGACCCGGUAUUUUAAAGCAUAUACGGCUAUUGCUUAGUUGAAGCAUCGCGCUGGAGUUCCAGAGGUCAGUUGUUGUCAGUUGAUAUUCAAAGAUCGAACGGGUCAAUUGAUCACAGUGAAUCUUAAUUAGUUUUUGUGUACAGCCGGCAAAUCAAGAUGACUUUAACAGAACUCCUGGGAAAGAAAUACAAGCUUGACAAAAGCGAGAAUUUCGACGAAUAUAUGAAAAAACUAGGUGUUGGAUUGGUGACCCGCAAAAUGGGAGCAACAGUUUCACCUGUAGUGGAUCUACAAAAGGAAGGCGAUGAGUAUAUUCUGUCAUCGAUAUCAACCUUUAAAAAUGUAAUUCUGAAAUUCAAACCAGGAGUGGAAUUUGACCAAGAAACUCCUGAUGGCCGUAAGGUAAAAUCUACCAUUACAAUUGAUGGAAACACUUUGCACGAAGUCCAAAAGAAUCCUAGUGGGACAGAAACUGUGAUUGAUAGGACAUUUUCCGCUGAUGAAAUUAAAAUGGAAAUGUCGGUGAACAACGUCAAGGCCACCAGGAUCUACAAGAUUCAAGUUUGAUAGUUUAUGCUUACCUAAUAAGUUAUUAUAUUUUUUAAUUUUUUUGUACUGGUCCGAUACGUAGUGAUUAUACCAAAAUGAGUUUGUUUAUCUAUACUUUUUAUUACUUUAUUAAAUUUGUACUGAUUUGUAAUUAUGUAUGUAGUGGAAUAUAUACUCAUGGAAAUAAAAGCAUAGAAUAAAAA